CGUCCGCCCACUAUCCCGAGGCCGCCUUGGCGCGAGACAUUUGCGAGCUGAGUGUCUCCAAGAUGGCCGCUUGGGGAAGGAGGCGUCUUGGCCCGGGCAGCAGUGGCGGCAGCGUCCGUGAGAGGGUGAGCUUGUCGGCCACAGACUGUUACAUCGUGCACGAGAUCUACAAUGGGGAGAACGCCCAAGACCAGUUCGAGUACGAGCUGGAGCAGGCCCUGGAAGCCCAGUACAAGUACAUCGUGAUCGAGCCCACACGCAUCGGCGACGAGACGGCCCGCUGGAUCACCGUGGGCAACUGUCUGCACAAGACCACCGUGCUGGCGGGCACCGCGUGCCUCUUCACCCCACUGGCCCUGCCCUUAGAUUACUCCCACUAUAUUUCCCUGCCCGCCGGCGUGCUCAGCCUGGCCUGCUGCACCCUGUACGGAAUCUCCUGGCAGUUUGACCCCUGCUGCAAGUACCAAGUGGAGUACGACGCCUAUAAACUGUCCCGCCUGCCCCUGCACACACUCACUUCCUCCACCCCGGUGGUGCUGGUCCGGAAGGACGACUUGCACAGAAAGAGACUGCACAACACGAUAGCCCUGGCCGCCCUGGUGUACUGUGUAAAGAAGAUUUACGAACUCUAUGCUGUAUGAUCUCAGUAGUGCGGGGAGAGAAGCAAAUGACCCGGCCCAGGAGACACACCCCGAGUAUUCAGAUGGCCCCAGUAACAGUUUUUGCUCUGUGAGGCGGCGGAGCCUGGGAAGGGGUUUUGUUUAAUAUUUGUUAUUUAAAAAAAAAAAUAACACAGAUCACAGGUGUACUAAGGGUUUUUCAACUCAUUACACUAAGAUGUGGAUUUCCAGAACCCACAGGGGGUCUGAGCGGGCGGUGGAAUGUGGACAGCAGCAACGCUACUGAGGGGGUAGGAGUGCGCUUAUGGGGUGGGGGGGACGUCUUUAAGUCUGUUGUUUAACUGUACCAUCCAGAGCCAACCAGAAGCUAUUGACCAUUAAAAUUAUGAGAAUUUCAACUUCA